GGGGGGUGUUAGGGGGUGUCGGGGGGCUCCAGGGGGUCCUGGGAGGCUCAGGAGGACCAUGUUCGACUGCCUGGAGGCGGCGGCGGCACCGCGGCGGCUCCACGACGUGACCAACCGGGGGGGCUGCGCCCUCCGCAGGGUCCUGGUGCCCGCGGGCUGCGGGACCCCCGCCCGCAGAGCCCUGGAGGCCCCCCCCGGGCGGGUUUUGGGGGACACGGGCCCCCCCUCGCCGCCACCUCCCCCCCGCGUGUACAAACCCUGCUUCGUGUGCAGCGACAAGAGCUCGGGGUAUCACUACGGGGUCAGCUCGUGCGAGGGCUGCAAGGGUUUUUUCCGGCGCAGUAUCCAGAAGAACAUGGUGUACACGUGUCCCCGGGAGCGGAACUGCCCCAUCGACAAAGUGACACGGAACCGCUGCCAGUUUUGCCGUCUCCAGAAGUGCCUCCGGGUCGGGAUGUCCAAGGAAGCCGUGAGGCACGACCGGAACAAGCGGAGGAAGGAGGUGAAGGAGGAUUUUGGGGGAGACGAGCUGAGCCCUGAGUUGGCCGAGCUGGUGCGGAGGGUGAGCAGAGCCCACCAGGAGACCUUCCCCUCCCUGUGCCAGCUGGGCAAGUACACCACGAACUCGAGUGCAGACCACCGUGUGCAGCUGGACCUGGGGCUGUGGGACAAGUUCAGUGAACUGGCCACCAAGUGCAUCAUCAAGAUCGUGGAGUUUGCGAAGCGGCUCCCGGGAUUCACAGGGCUCAGCAUGGCCGACCAGAUCACCCUGCUCAAGGCUGCCUGCCUCGACAUCCUGAUGCUGCGGAUCUGUACCCGGUACACCCCCGAGCAGGACACGAUGACGUUCUCGGACGGGCUCACCCUGACUAGGACCCAGAUGCACAAUGCAGGGUUCGGGCCCCUCACUGACCUCGUGUUUGCCUUUGCGGGGCAGCUCCUGCCCCUGCAGCUCGAUGACACUGAGACGGGGCUGCUUAGUGCCAUCUGCCUCAUCUGUGGAGACCGGAUGGAGCUGGAGCAGCCCCGGCGCGUGGAGCGGCUGCAGGAGCCGCUGCUUGAGGCUCUCCGGGUCUACGCGCGGCGGCGGCGGCCUCGGCAACCGCAGCGAUUCCCCCGAAUGCUGCUCAAAAUCACCGACCUGCGCGGCAUCAGCACCAAGGGGGCAGAACGGGCUCUGACCCUGCGCACGGAGAUCCCGGGGCCGAUGCCCCCCCUGAUCCGGGAGAUGCUGGAGAACCCUGAGAUCUUCACUGAGGGGGGGGGGCAGGGGGAGCCCCCCCCACCCCCAGACCCUCCCACAGCCCAGGACAGCCCCCCUGGCCCCCCCAAAUCCCCAUAACCCCCCCAACUCCCCAGAGCCCCUAUGGUGGGGGCACUCAUAGCUGCCUUCCAGGGUCCCCCCCUUUUGCUCUGGGGGGCGGGAGACCCCCAAAGUGCCCCCCCCCCUGAGUUGGGGUGUGGGGGGGUCAGAGACUGACAGAGCAAAGCUAUUGCCUUAAGCUGGGGGGGGUCCAGGGACCCCUCCCCCAUUCCAAACUCAGCUUCAGCCAAAGCCCCCCCAGCCCCUGCUGCCCCCGCCUUGUAUUAAGAGGAAUUUUAAGAGGGGCAGCCCCCUCUCCCCCCAAAUUAACACUCCUGGGUUGCCCCCCCUAAAUACCCCCUGAGGGUUUAUUUAUUGGACACAGGGUGGAUUCUGGGAGGGGGGGGAACCCCUAUUAUCCCCCCCCAGGACAUUCCCCCCCCCCAGUUUGGGGGGGCCCCAUUUAUAUGUUGUUAGGGGUGGGGGGACCCCAAAAUUCCUCCCUCCAUCCUAUUCCCUAUACACUACAGAGACCAAAGAUGGGGGGACACAAGAUGACUCCCCCAACUUCCCCCCUAUUUUGGGGGGUUCUCAAGCCAUAGGGUGACCCCAGUACCCCCCCCGGGCACCUUUGGGGGGGGACACACUCCCAAAUAUGUUACCCCCCCCCCCAAGUCUGGCUGGGUGGGGGGGACCGGGCUUGCUGCCACUCCCCUAAAUUUGUCGUCCCCCCCCAUCUUGGGUGGGGUCUGUUACACUACGGGGGGGUGGUGACCCUUCCCCCCAGGGCAGCACUUUCAUCCCCCCCCUUUAUUUAUUCCUCUGCGUUUACAUUGGGCCCCUGCCAUUUUUAGGGGGCCCCCCUGCCGCUGCCCCGCCCCCCGCUAGCCAACCCUCGCUUUUGGGGGGCCCCCCAGCCAUGUUUACAGCCCUCCCCCACUCCCUCUGUGCUGAGGGGAGGUCUCGGGACUUUUCUAUUUUUGCAAAAUAAAGUGAUGGAAAUUUU